GGAACCAAAAAGAAAUGUCAACAGAAUCGUACGAAGAUGCCAUUAAAAGACUCGAUGAGCUUCUGAGUAAAAACGCGGAUCUCGGGAACGUGGCGGCUGCAAAAAUCAAGAAGUUAACAGACGAGUUAGAGGAACUUGAUUCCAACAAGCUAGAUGCCGUAGAGAGAACCAAAUCCGGGUUCAUCCAUUUCAAGACAAAUCAUUUUGAGAAAAAUCCUACUUUGUACAAUGCACUUGCCAAGAGCCAGAGCCCCAAGGUUUUGGAUUUUACCAAUCACUUCAUCUCAUUUUUGAGCUUUUACUUUUCUAGAUUGACUUUUCUCUAG